AGCGACGGCGGCCGGGAGGCGGAAGUGGCCCAGGUCGAGGCUCCGAGAGGCGCAGGGAGCUGCUGCUGCUGAGGCGGCGGCCCUGAGGCGGUGGCGGCGCUGCCGGCCCUGGGCUGCUCGGCCCCUCGGCUCGCCUCUCAGCGCCGCCUGCGCCCGCCGGGGCCCGCGCCGGCCAGCACCUGCCCUAUGAGUGUGUCACUGGUUGUCAUCCGACUGGAGCUCGCGGAACACUCGCCCUUCCCCGCCGGCUUCGGCUUCAGCGCCGCCGCUGGGGAAAUGUCUGAUGAGGAGAUGAAGAAGACGACGCUGGGCUCCGCCGGAGCUUGCUUGGAAGGGAAGUCCCCAGAGGAGAAAGCCGCCGUCAUCCAUCAGCAUCUCGGCCGUCGAGAAAUGACGGAUGUGAUCAUUGAGACCAUCAAGUCGGGCCCAGGUGAAGUAAAGGCUGUAGCGGAAGAAGAAAAGUCUUCUGAAGCUUCCCCCACUGCACCGAGAGAUAGAGACAAGAGUAAAGAAGGCGUCAGCACUGCUCCCGAUUCACCCUCCAAACAGCUUCCAGACCAGAUUUCAUUCUUCAGCGGGAACCCUUCAGUUGAGAUAGUUCAUGGGAUUAUGCAUCUGUACAAGACAAAUAAAAUGACCUCCUUAAAAGAAGACGUGAGGCGCAGUGCCAUGCUGUGUAUUCUCACAGUCCCUGCCACAAUGACCAGUCACGACCUGAUGAAGUUUGUCGCCCCAUUUAAUGAAGUUAUUGAACAAAUGAAAAUCAUCAGAGACUCCACUCCAAACCAGUACAUGGUGCUGAUGAAAUUUAGUGCACAGGCUGACGCGGAUAGCUUUUACAUGGCAUGUAACGGCCGCCAGUUCAACUCAAUAGAAGACGAUGUUUGCCAGCUGGUCUAUGUGGAAAGGGCUGAAGUACUGAAAUCUGAAGAUGGCGCCAGUCUUCCCGUUAUGGACCUGACCGAGCUGCCCAAAUGCACAGUGUGCCUGGAGCGCAUGGACGAAUCGGUGAACGGCAUCCUCACGACACUGUGUAACCACAGCUUCCACAGCCAGUGUCUGCAGCGCUGGGAUGACACCACGUGCCCCGUUUGUCGGUACUGUCAAACACCAGAGCCGGUCGAGGAGAACAAGUGUUUCGAGUGUGGUGUUCAGGAGAACCUGUGGAUUUGCUUAAUCUGUGGCCACAUCGGCUGUGGACGGUAUGUGAGCCGACACGCUUACAAGCACUUUGAGGAGACCCAGCACACGUAUGCCAUGCAGCUCACCAACCACCGCGUCUGGGACUACGCCGGAGAUAAUUAUGUCCAUCGACUCGUUGCAAGUAAAACAGAUGGAAAAAUUGUACAGUAUGAGUGUGAAGGUGACACUUGCCAGGAAGAGAAAAUCGAUGCCUUACAGUUGGAGUAUUCCUAUUUACUCACAAGCCAGCUGGAAUCUCAGCGAAUCUACUGGGAAAACAAGAUUGUUCGGAUCGAGAAGGACACGGCAGAGGAAAUUAACAACAUGAAGGCCAAAUUUAAAGAAACCAUCGAGAAGUGUGAUAAUCUAGAGCACAGACUGAAUGAUCUUCUCAAAGAAAAGCAGUCCGUGGAGAGAAAGUGCACCCAGCUAAACACAAAAGUAGCCAAGCUCACCACGGAGCUGAAGGAGGAGCAGGAAAUGAACAAGUGUCUGCGCGCCAACCAAGUCCUCCUGCAGAAUAAGCUCAAGGAGGAGGAGAGGGUGUUGAAGGAGACCUGCGACCAGAAGGACUUGCAGAUUGCCGAGAUCCAGGAGCAGUUGCGGGACGUCAUGUUCUACCUGGAGGCGCAGCAGAAGAUCAACCACCUGCCUGCCGAGACCCGGCAGGAGAUCCAGGAGGGACAGAUCAACAUUGCCAUGGCCUCGGCGGCCAGCGCCCCCUCUUCAGGGAGCAGUGGCAAGCUGCCCUCCAGAAAGAGCCGCAGCAAGAGGGGCAAGUGACCCUCAGUGAGCACACAUCCCCAAGACUGUUCUCCUUGGCCCCUUGUGGGCAUGCUGGGACUCAGCCCCAGGUGAGGGUGGACCCUAAAUAAGUACACCAGGUGAGGAUCCCGCUGUGGUGGUCUGGCCCUUU